AUGACAAGAUCGGAAGGAAGGUACCGGUGGAGAUAUUAUCCCAACCAACCGGAACCCUUCCUACCGACAAAUCCCAAGCUCGGAAAACUCCGCUACCGAUCGGCAAGAUACACAGUCAUCAACGAUGUUCUGUACAAACGGGGCUACACGACGCCGUACUUAAAAUGCCUGACCAAAGAGCAAGGGGACUACAUCCUUCGGGAGGUCCACAGCGGAAUCUGCGGGGACCAUUCUGGUUCCCGAUCGCUCGCACACAAGGUCUUCCGGCAGGGUUAUUUCUGGCCGACUCUGCAUCAGGAUGCAAACACACUAGUCAAGAGGUGCGACAAAUGCCAACGGUUCGGUAGUGUCCCUCACAUUCCCGCCGAGCCACUGUCACCGAUCGUGAGCCCAUGGCCGUUCGCCCAAUGGGGACUGGAUCUAAUCGGUCCGAUGCCAGAGGGCAAGGGUCAGGUAAAAUACGCUGUUGUUGCCGUAGACUACUUCACCAAAUGGGUAGAAGCCAAAGAACUAGCAACGAUAACGGCAGCCAGAAUCGAGGAUUUCGUUUGGACAAACAUUUGCUGCCGAUUCGGCAUCCCCUACGCCAUCGUCACGGAUAACGGCAGGCAGUUUGAUUCGGAAGUCUUCCGGCAAUUCUGCAAACGACUCAAGAUCAACCUGUUCUUUGCUUCGCCAGCACACCCCCAAUCGAACGGACAGGUCGAAGCCAUGAACAAAAUUGUCAAGAAGCUGUUGAAACGGCAGCUUGACAAAGCCAAAGGAGCAUGGCCAGAAAAGCUUCCGGAGGCGCUAUGGGCCAUACGGACAUCUUACCGAACGGCAACGGGGGAAACACCAUUCUCCAUGGCUUUCGGUUCAGAGGCAGUAGUCCCAGUAGAGAUCGGAGAGCCCUCCUACCGAACGGAAACCUUUCGCACCGAAAGCAAAUGA